AUGGCCAAGUUGUCCCCCGACUACGUGUUCAGCCUCCUCAAAAGCAUGAACGAGGCUGAGAGGGCCCACUUUUUGAAGCGAAUGGAAGGAGACCCGCUUCUUCCUUCCACAACGCCGGCACCCGCUUUGGCAGCAGCACCUUCGGAGCAACCUGCUUCGAGCACCGUGAUCGACCCCAUCGGGGACUCCAUCGCUGCCGAAGAUUACGGACCACCGGCCGCUUCAAAGUCUUCCCCCUCGCCUCCUGCACCCACUUUGGAGGCACCAGCGGAGCCGGAGCCUAAGGCAGCUACCGGUGGCCAGAGCGCCCCCACGGAAGCCACUUCAGCGGCUCAGGGCGACGGGGCCAAAGCCGAUGCCACGGGGGACGGGGUCACGAACGCCAAACGCUGGCAACGUGAACCCGAGGUCAAGGAACCGCCGCCGCGACCUCCUUCGUCACCCGCUUUGGCAUCGCAAACCCCAAAAGCUGGGGUACCGCUGCUGAAGUCGAAGAGCAUGGCCACUCCCACUCCACCCGCUUCGGCCCCGCCACCGCCGCUUGUGGAGGAGGGCACCACGGGGGGAAGCUCGGGCAACACAGGGCAACAGCCGCCCACUUCAACGCCGCAGCGCGAGAUUGCCCCGCUUCUCGCUAGUGACGCUCCAGCCUCCCGCUUGGGGCACACUAUCUAUGAUAGCGAAGGAGGCCACUUCACAGUGGAACCAUGGCCAAGACGAGUGGGGCCAGAGCCAGACCGCUUGGGAGGAGUCGCCCGCUUGGAGCUCAUGGAACUGGUCUGGACGGGCAUGGCAGCACCAGUGAAGUCCACGCUGCCCCCCACUUUUCAAGCUUCGGCAUUGAAUCGCCCACUUUUGGGUCGACCCAAUUUGUACACGGGCGACCCCGCUGGGCUUGUGAGCCCGCUGGAGCUCGGCUUUCGUAAGCCAGUCAUCUCGAGCACCGCUUCCCGCUUGGAAAAUAGGCGGCAAGCUCCGACAGCUGCAUCGAAGUGUGCAUCCGCUUGUGAUUCGCUGAGAAACAUGACAUCAUUUAUCUCCCCCGCUUGGGUCAAGCGCAGCCCUUUCCCGCUCGGGACGAUCAUCUCCGCGGUCCACGCCUCAGACUUCUUCACAUCCCGCUUUACAUUAGCCGUGCAUCCCGCUCAGGCCCCCCUCGACAUGUCCGACUUCUCGCAGUUCGUGUCGGAUUGCAACGUACCUGCCGCGGUGGCCUCUCUGCUUUCGGAGUUCGACACCGCUUUGUACGCACGUGCUUGCACAACUCCUUCCGAGCUAGAGGAACUGAUCACCCACUUCAUGACUGAAGCCGCGGUGACAGAAGCAGCGGAACGCUUUAUCACGAAAGCAUCGCUACGCCUGCUUUUCUCCAAAUGCAGGCAGUCGGAAGGCAUGGCUUCCUUGGAGGCCACGCCCAGCUCUUCUCUCCCGCUUGGAGAAGCGCCUUCAACAGCUGUGCCACCCGCUCCGGCAGCAGUUCCGCUCUCUAGCUCAUGGCAGGAGGCUUGGCCGGCAAAACUCAGCGGCGAACGCACUGCAGCGCUCAGGAAAAGGUUCGAGGAGGAUUACCCCACUGAACUCCUCGACGCCGAGAGCUUUCCGAGCGCCCGCUUGUUGGCCCUCACCAAUAAGAUGCUUUCAGAAAAGGAAGUGCGAUGGAUUCCCUGGAAGUACCGCUUAAGUGCAAGGGCGCAAGAAGACAGCCUGCUUAUCAGGCCCAAGAAACAGGCCCGCUUUGACAUCGCGGAGUUCUUCUUCGACGAGGCCCCAACCAGGGAUAUACAUGAAGGCCCCGCUUCAUUCAGCUUCGUGACACAGCUUCUCUCACUUGCUGCGAAUGCGAUCGCUUUAUGCCAGGGGGCCCACCUAGGCUCCCUGAAACUCUACAACAAAAAGUUCACCCGCAUUUGCUUCACCAAAUACGAAGCCUCCGCCAACCUACGGGGCCCCACUACGAUGGAAGCCCAGGCAGCUGAUCGCCGAUGUUGGGAAAUCAUCGCCGACUUAGUCAAUGUGCAUCAUUGGAAGCUAGAUGACGCGCUUCACGAAGUGGCGGAGGUGCGCUCUGAUCUGCACAGCUUACUUGCGCCCAGGCCCUUCGUGCCCAAACCCAAGCACGACCCGGACAACAGCUGGAAGACCGGUGCCAAAGGCAACGGUCGUGGAGGCAAAGGCGGGGGCCGGGGCGGCAAGGGCCGCGAUGGCAAAGGCGAAAAGGGAGAGCGCUUUGAGCGAGGCGGCAAAGGUGGCAAAGGUAAGGACAACAAGCAGGCGACGCCUCCCGGGAAAUGGCUUUCCACCAUCUUCAUGGAUGGCAAGCGCCAGACUCUUUGCAUGCGCUACCAGAGCGGUCAGUGCAAGGACCCAGCCACGUUCAGCAGGGGCAACAUCGGCACUGCCAAGGCUGGUGCCCCAGUAUCCAGUGCAUCUUUGGCGAUCAGUGAAGGCUCCCUCGACUUCGCUACCUGCUUGGAGCUUUUAGCGCAGUACUUUUCCCUCCCCUUCAUUGAUGCCGCAGGCCCCACCGACAAUGCCAUUGACGCUUCCGGAGCAUAUUUCAACCUGGGAGCUUUCUCCUUUGAUAACGGCACCAGGUCGGGGAUAUUUCAGCGCACUGAACAAUUUUCCGAUGUACUUCGUUUCUUGAACGCUUUCAUGCAGCUUCAGUUCCCGGGUGCCUCUUGGAGCUCCUUGUGCGUGAGCCACAACGUUCGUACUCGCUUACACACGGAUGCUGGCAACGCUUCAGGCACACUCAAUCACACAGUUUCACUCGGCAAUUUCAGCGGAGGUGAGAUCUGGAUUAGCCCAGCUUUGGAUCCCUCUGCGGCCAACAUCCCGGCCCCACUGGAGGCCUCAUCCGAGGCCCACAGAGCAGAAGAUGCAAGCAAAGGUGAAUUGCGCGACACCUGGCAUUCACCGCUUUCCUUCAGCUGUGAAUCCCUCCAUUGUACGAUGCCAAUCCAAGGAGACAGGUGGGUAUUGACUGCCUACACUUGCAGGAACCUACACAGCUUCGACAUGAAGUCGCUUGCACAUUUAAAGUCACUGGGAUUCCCAUUGCCUACAGUUCCUACAGCACUUCCUCAGGCUUUACCCUCUGCACCGAAGGACAAUACGCACGUCGAGAUCUUCCUAGAUAUCUGCUGUGGUGCCUCUCACCCACUUACCACAGCUAUCUCAUCAUGUGGCAUCAUGUGUUUGCCCAUUGACCUGCUUGGUGAGGAGCAGCUGGAUCUCUUGCACGACGACACGUACGACCACCUUCUUCGGUUAUGCUUCUCAGGCAUUGUACGUUUUGCUCAUGGAUCCCCGCCAUGCAAAGAAUACUCCCGCUUGAAGCUACGCCCCGGGGGACCGGCCGCUAUCCGAUCCCCAGAACAUCUCAACGGAUUGCCAGGCAAUACAGCUUCACAGCAGGAACGCGUGCUAAACAGCCAGAAGCUUCUCUAUCGCUGUGUAUGCCUGCUUCGAGCCGCUUUCAACUCAGGUGCACAUGUAUCUCUGGAACAGCCCACGAACGCGAUGUCUUGGCUUGAACCAUUCGUACAGGACAUGCUUGCUGAGAUACAGGCUUCACUGGUCAACAUCCCGGCGUGCUCAGUUGGCCAGAAUAUAGCCAAAUCUUGGCUUUUCGCAUGCAGCUUCGAUGAUAUGCAAGCCCUGGCAGGUACAUGCUCUCAUUCGGAGGGUCAUCCUUCUGUGGCCGGCGUCCGGGACGAGCUUGGCAACUUUUUGUCACAGCGCACCGCAGAGUACCCAGCUGAGUUAGCAAACAGCUUUGCUCAGCAGGCGGCUAAACUUUUCUCAUCAUGCCGGCCCUCCCAUAGCGUUCCCACUUGCUCUUUGGCGUUCGCACUCGCUUCGAUCCCCAAGAAGCCCCGUGCAGCUACAACCACAGCUUCACAGGAUGGAGGUGGCAUCUACUCCCUGCCGGACUGGUCAAUGGGCCCCAGAUACCAAUCUGACAGCUUACAUGACUUGCGCAAAGAAUGGCAGUCUUGGCUCCUCUCGCACAGGAUACCACUUCGCCUUCAGCAACAUGUCGCAGCUGGCAGUAACAGCCCACUUUUCUCGGAAGAGGAAACAUCGUGGCUGCGUGGAUCCUUUAAACGCUUUUCUGACGCCCACUCCCCAGCUCGGGAUUGGGACUUCUCUGUUCAGGAGGGUCAACCAUACUGCUUAUCUGCACUUGAGCGCUUGAGCACCCUCUUGGGGGAUAAAGACACAACUUUAUUUCCCGCUUUGCAGAAGGGGGUCCCAACUGGCUUUGAUGGGGACAUCCCUCGCAGCCACACCCUUCGUCCCCGCAGUGCAGAGGAAACUGAAAGCGCCGCAGACUUGCUUAUCUGCGAAGGCAACUGGCAGGGUAUUCACACAUACUUGGACGACAAGCUGCGCUUUACUGGGACACCGCCGGGCACUAGCAUUUCUGAAGGGUCCACUUUGCUUUCUGCUCGGCACAAAACCCUACAUAGCAAGCAGGACCUCGCUUUAGUUCCUGUAAGCACCAAGCGCAUGUGGCUUCGUGUUACAGACCCCACUUCUUCGAAGCGACGCCUUUCGGAGGCCAGCCGAGAAACACUUUCCUGCUUUGCCCACUUGAGCUCCAGGGAAUGGCGCCCUCGACCGCUUAGACCACCACCUACCAGCUCGGUGGAGUCAGCAGCUGACGCUUUUGGCAAAGGCAACAACUGUGGCGUUGGCGGUUGGCUACGUCUACCAUGUGGAAGACUGCUUUGGUUUUCUCACCGAUACACUGUCCAGGACUUCCUAGAGCUUGGCCUGCCAAUGCAACCCGAUGCCAACCUGGACAUCUCCAGCUACGAGACGCUUGCACAAUGCUACGUGCUUCUUGCUUUCUGGAAAGCCCAUGGUUCAGGUCGCUUGGCUCUCACAUUACCAGCUUUGAGCGAUAAUAGUGGUGCUGAGUCGGUGUGUAACAAGCUUUACACUUCUAAAGUACCACUUAAUCUUUUCGUUCGCAAGCUUUCAAUGUGGAGCUCCAUAACCGGUGUCACUUUGGACUGCAGCCAUAUCGCUGGCGAAAAGAACGAUGACGCAGAUCUUCUUUCUCGGUGGGACGGCUCCGCAGAACUCCCGGCCAAGUUUCUGCCUUCCAACCGCAUCGAGCUGUACCUGUCUGAGUUCUGGCAGAUCCGCUUUCAAGUGAAGCUUUUUCCCUCCGACACAUUUUUAAAGUGGCAGCUUCCUUCGGCCACCAGGUUGGGCCCGACAAACCGCGGCUCAACGAAGCGCAAAUAG